AUGAAGAACAUCAAUUUGGUGAUCGCAUUCAUACUCAUCGGCGUUGUACUCCUUUCAAUGACGGACAUGAUUGAUGGACAACAUCAUAGUCAUUGGCCAGCAGGUCGUGGUUGUCAUUGUGAUACAAGUUCCUCCUGGUCUGGUGAUCAUCAUUGUCACUGUCCUCUCGGUAUACACUGGCCCAGUUAUAGAGAGAAGCAAUGGGAGAGACCAUGGGAAAAAAAUCAUCAUAUUUACUAUCUUGAUGGCCGUGGUCCACCUAAAUGGUGGCGAAGACGGUGA